AUGGCUACGCGCAACGUGACCGGAGCUCACGUACGACAGAGCAUGAUAGCCAGUGGAGGCGCCGUCAAGGCCAGACAACUCGCCCAACUUAACUCGCAACUUGCUCAACUAUCAUCAAAUCUCUCCGACACAGAAAACCUGUUACGCAUGACAAGCGUUCAGGCGGAAGCAAUGCGGGGACUGGGCAGCUGGCACGGCGGACUCUUACAAGAGACAGGUUCAUGGCAGCAAGCAAGGUAUUGGGAGAGGAGAGUGUGA